AUGGCUCUGCUCCGCCUCCACCUCCACCUCCCGAGGCCUCCGCUGCCCGCCCGCCGCAACCCCGCCCUCCCUUCCGCUCUCUCCUCCUCCACCACGUCGUGCUUAUGGCGCGGCCAUCUUCCCCUCCUCGCGCCUCCUCUGCUCCAGUCGCCCCGCCUCGCCCCCGGACGACGCCUCCGCCGCCCUGCCCUCCAUCGUCGCCGGCCUCCUCGACUACCUCAACGAGUCAUGGACGCAGUUCCACGCCACAAGUUCGUCGGCAGGCCGCUCCCCUUCCCCGUCCCCUCGUCGUCCUCAUGCCCGCCCACUGUUCGGCGAUAUGACUCCUCGCUAGCGCGCCACGCAUUCCGCUACCGCCACGCUCUCACUUCCUUCUCCGUGCUUCCAGCUGAGGCCAAGAGGCAGCUGCUCGACGCGGGCUUCAAGCUGCUCAGCGAGAGUGAUGACUGGGACCUUCAGCCCGGCGGCCGCUACUUCUUCACGCGCAACAUGUCCUGCUUGGUCGCCUUUGCCAUCGGGGAAAAGUACAGAGUUGGGAACGGUUUCAACAUAAUCGCAGCCCACACUGAUAGUCCCUGUCUCAAGCUCAAACCCAGGUCUGCCACCAUCAAAUCUGGCCACCAGAUGGUCAAUGUGCAGACGUACGGAAGUGGGCUGUGGCAUACAUGGUUCGAUAGAGAUCUAACUUUGGCUGGGAGAGUCAUCCUCAAGGCUACAGAUGGUUCCUUUAAGCAUAAGCUUGUCAAACUCACCAGGCCGCUGAUACGUGUACCUACGCUGGCUAUCCAUCUUAACCGCACAGUGAAUACUGAUGGGUUCAAGCCUAACCUAGAGACUCAUCUUGUUCCACUUCUUGCAACAAAACAUGAAGACACUACAAAUUCUGAUGACAAAAGCUCUAGCUCUACAAAAGUCACCCACCAUCCACUACUUUUGCAGAUUCUCUCAGAGGAAAUAGGUUGUGACUCAGAUGAAAUAAUUGGUAUGGAGUUGAAUGUAUGUGAUACCCAGCCUAGUUGCCUUGGUGGGGGAAACAAUGAGUUCAUCUAUUCUGGAAGACUGGAUAAUCUUGCUUCAUGUUAUUGUGCUCUCAGAUCUCUCAUGGACUCUUCCAAGAUGGCAGAACAAUUAUCCAAUGAGAAGGCCAUAAGAAUGGUUGCUAUGUUCGAUAAUGAGGAGGUGGGUUCAGAUUCAAUGCAAGGGGCUGGUGCACCAACCAUGUUCCAGGCUAUGAGACGAAUCAUCGAUUCCUUGAUGCAUCAGUCGAUGGGGGAGGGAGCUUUGGAACGUGCAAUACAUUCUUCAUUCCUUGUUUUGGCGGACAUGGCUCAUGCUCUGCACCCAAACUAUGCCGAAAAGCAUGAAGAGUGCCACAGACCAGAACUACAGAAGGGACUUGUCAUCAAGCACAAUGCUAACCAACGUUAUGCCACAAGUGCUGUUACAGCUUUUCUCUUCAAAGAAAUAGCAAGGAUUCAUAAUCUUCCGGUUCAGGAAUUUGUUGUAAGGAAUGAUAUGGGAUGUGGCUCCACCAUUGGACCCAUACUUGCUUCUGGUGUUGGCAUACGGACUGUAGAUUGUGGUAUCCCUCAGCUUUCGAUGCAUAGUGUACGAGAAAUGUGUGGUAAAGAAGACGUGGACACAACAUACAGACACUUCAAAGCUUUUUUCGAGAUGUUUUCUGAUAUCGAUAGGAAGUUAAAUGUAGAUUUUUAA